UUCUCUAUCUCCAUUUUUAUAUAUCUUCAUCUGAUAUAGAAAUGGAGCUAGUAUUUUCCUCCUCUCUCUCAUCAACUCUCACUGUCACUAAAAUAUUACGUUCACCGCGCCAUGCAACGACAGGAAACAUGCAAGGCUAUUCAAGAUUCCCCCUUUUCUUUACUAUUGCUUCAAGAUCCAAUGCCUCGCAGGCGAAGCACCGAAGAUCAGCCAAUUAUCAUCCCACCAUUUGGGACCCUAAAGCUAUCGAGUGCUUGAGAACUCCUUAUACAUAUGAUGGUGUUCAUGGUGCUCGUUUGCAGAAGUUAAAGGAUGAGGUCAGAAGCCUACUUACUACAUUCACUAAAGAACCUUGUGGUCAGCUCAAAUUAAUCGAUUCAAUGCAGCGAUUAGGGGUUUCUUACCAUUUCCGGGAGGAGAUCAAAGAAAUUUUGAAUCUUGUUGAAUUAGAUUCCGAUAGUGAUCUUUAUACAACUGCUUUGCACUUUCGGCUUCUUCGACAACAUGGCUUUACUAUAAGCAAAGAAGUAUUUGAGAAGUUCAGAAAUGAAGAUGGGAAAUUCAAGGACAGUCUAAAGGAGGAUAUUUUGGGGCUUUUGAGUUUAUAUGAUGCUUCAUACCUUGGAAUGCAUGGAGAACACAUUUUAGAAGAAGCGAAAGAUUUCAGUACUGAACAGCUCAAGUCUUUACCAGGGAGAUCACAAGGAGACAUUGUAACAUAUCAAGUCAAACAAGCUCUGGAUGUCCCACUGCACUGGCGGAUGCAAAGGAUUGAGAAUCGAAAUUAUAUUAAUAUCUAUCAGAAAGAAGAUACAAACAACUUGGCUUUACUUGAGCUAGCCAAGUUGGAUUAUAAUUUGGUACAAUCAGUAUAUCAGACUGAGCUGAAGGAGCUGGCAAGGUGGUGGAUAGCCUUGGGUUUCAGGGAGAAGUUGCAUUUCUCACGGGAUCGAUUGAUGGAGAAUUAUUUAUGGUCGAUGGGUAUGAUUUUUGAGCCACACUUCUCCAAAUGCAGGAUUUACCUCACAAAAUUUAUAUGCAUUUUAUCUUCAAUUGAUGAUAUGUAUGAUAUAUAUGGGUCACUGGAUGAGCUCGAACUCUUUACGAGUGCACUAAAAAGAUGGGAUCCCAUGGCCUUAGAGGAACUUCCAGAUUACAUGAAGAUAUGCUAUUUGGCUAUACUUAAUUUUGCUUCUGAAUUAGUAUAUGAUGUCUUAAAAGAAGAAGGGUUGUAUACUCUGCCUUUUAUUAGGGAUGAGUGGGUAAAACUUUGUCAAGCAUAUUUAGUGGAAGCGCGAUGGUUUAACAGUGGAUAUACUCCGACUUUCGAUGAGUACCUGGAAAAUGCAUGGAUCUCCGUUGGAGGUCAUGAGGCCAUUGUCCAUGCUUGUGCUUUACUGGGGCAUACUUCAACCGAAGAUUUUCAGAAUUUCUUGAAGCAUGGGUUUGAGCUAAUUUAUUGGUCAUCCUUGCUUGUUCGACUCAAUGAUGAUUUAGGAACAUCCCCGGCUGAAAUCAAAAGAGGUGAUGUAGUAAAAUCUAUUCAGUGCUAUAUGAUUGAGAAAGGUGUGUCCGAAAGAGAAGCGAAAGAUCAUAUUGGAGGUUUGAUAAGUCAUGCUUGGAAGAUAUUGAAUGAGGAGAGUGUCAAGCAUUCUCUUUCUAGAUCUCUUGUAAAUAUGUGCUUAAAUAUGACACGAACUGCUCAAUGCAUUUUUCAAUAUGGAGAUGGUAUCGGAACAUCAACCGGAGUGACCAAAGAUUGUUUAGAAUCUUUGAUCAUAGAACCUAUCCCAUAGAAUAAUUUCACUUAC